UAGCAAAGUGAGAUUCAUUCAUUCCAUCCUUUAUUUGAACUGUUUUAAAACUUCUUCCUCUUCCCUACAAAGGAAAAAAAAUGGGAUUUCUUCCAUGUUCUUUGCCUUGUCAAUCAAAGAAAAAACCAUUGGAUUCUUCUGAUCAAACUCAAUCUAGACAUCUUUCCUCAAAUUCUUCAUCAUCAUUAAUAUCAUUAUCCUCAAGAUCGUUAUCAUUAUCAUUAUCAUCUAGGUCAUUUUCUUCACAGCCAAGUUUGCCAUCAAUUCGUUCUCUUUCUAUAUCUUCCUCUCAAGUUGAACAUCUCUCAAACACCUUCCACCACUGCUUAGCCACACUAACAGGCCAUUCUUCCUACAUAUUUUGCCUAUCUAUCGCGGAAAAAUACCUGUAUUGUGGCUCUUCCAAUGGAGAAAUCCUUGUAUGGGACAUAAACCCUUCAAGACAGGACAAUUGUUUUAAAGGAAAGACAGUAUGCCAAAAUGGAAGUGCAAUCAAAUCUAUUGUCAUAAUGGGAGAUAAGCUCUUCAGUGCCCACCAAGAUCAUCGAAUCCGAGUAUGGAAAAUCGACAAUGAGACACCUAAUAGAAAUUACAAGUGCAUUGCCACCUUACCAACGAUCAAUGAUCGUUGUAUGAAGCUAUUUUGGACAAGGAACUACGUACAAGUUCGAAGACACAAGAAAUGCACAUGGGUACAUCACGUAGACACGGUGUCAGCAUUAGCCUUAUCGAAAGAUGGCUCUCUGCUUUACUCUGCUUCAUGGGACAGAACAUUUAAGAUUUGGAGAAGUUCAGAUUUUAAAUGCCUAGAAUCAGUAUGGAAUGCACAUGAUGACGCUAUCAACUCAAUAGUCGUAUCGAAUAAUGGACAUGUUUACACUGGUUCAGCAGAUAAGAAGAUCAAAAUAUGGACUAAACAACAAGAAGGGUCCAAUAAACAUACUCUUAUGACUACACUAGAGAAGCAUAAAUCAGCAGUGAAUGCUUUGGCUCUUAGUACAGAUGGUUCUGUUUUAUACUCUGGUGCUUGCGAUAGGUCUAUAAUUGUGUGGGAGAAAUUACAAGUGUUAGGGGCAUUAAGAGGACAUAAAAGAUCAAUUUUGUGUUUGGCUGUGGUGUCAAAUGAUUUGUUAUGUAGUGGAUCAGCUGAUAAAACAGUGAGAAUAUGGAAAAGAGGAUUUGGAAAAAGUUGUUAUUCAUGUUUGGCUGUGUUUGAAGGGCAUAAUGGUCCAGUUAAGUGUUUGACUGCAACUUUAGAUAGUCAAAAGUAUGAUGAUGAUGAUUCUUGUUCUGGAAAUUCUUACUUGAUUUAUAGUGGUAGCUUGGAUUGUGAUGUUAAGGUUUGGAAACUUUGGGUUCCUAAUUACCUCUCUUGAAUUCAUCUUUUUCAUAUGUACUAAUGUAUACCUUUAUCAAUAGGAAGAC